CCCGCACAAUGAGGUAAUCGGGGUAAACAGUAAAGAUGGCGACGUCUGUAGCCGGAGAUGGGCCACAGAGUCUCAAUGGGAUCGUGUCCGACAGGCCCCGCGCGCAGAAACUCACCGACCUGCCGACCGAGCUGCUCGAACACAUCCUGUGCUUCCCCGACCUCGAGCACGUCGACGUGUGCAACGCGUCGUGCUGCUGCAAGCGGCUGCACGACGUCUGCCACGGCCGCGGGAAGGUCUGGGGACACCAGUACAAACUCAGAUGGCCGAGGCUGCAGAGGUUCUACCGACAGAACGAGUGCUGCGACUGGCUCCGAGAAUACAAGACGCGCCACCGGGUCGGCAUACAAAUACGGAGGACGGUGGAGUCGAUCUCCAAGAGAUUCUUCACAGAAGUGCCUUGCGUUGGCCAGGUGCUGGGGGACAGCUUCGCCGAGAUCGAGUCGCUCGGGAUGCCGGAGCACUUCUGCGAAGACGAGCUCCUCUUCAUACUCAACUCUGACAAGAGGAAAAGCUUGACUUUGAAGUACUAUGCAAAGAAAAUCCUUUACUUCCUGAGACAGCAGAACAUCCUGAGGAGUCUGAGGACGUUCCUGGAGCAGCCCGCGGAGCGGCAGUCGGCUCUAGAGGGUGCCGUACUGGUGGAUCAGUAUUGUAACCCACUGGCUGAAGUGACACUGGAUGGCAUUUCGGCCCAGGUGGAUGAGAUCGCAGAAAAAGUUAAGAAGAUGGUGAGAAUCAAGAACCCCUCUCACCCCAGUCUGCGUAUUGCUCCAGGCGACUGUUUUGUCGUAGAAGACUUCGAUCUGCAGCGGCAGGUGGUGUCGGCAAUAAACUCGGUCUUGUACGAGCAACUUCAGUACAAAGGCAACGAGUUUGACUACUACAAUCCCCUCAACUCGUACAUCCACCAGGUGCUACUACGCCACACGGGCAUCCCCAUAAGCCUCUCUGUUCUCUACAUGACGUUGGCCCGGAAGCUUGGAAUCCAGCUAGAACCCGUCAACUUUCCCAAUCAUUUCCUGCUGCGCUGGUGCCAAAAACCGAGAGGGAGCGAGGACAUCUACGACUUCGUCUACGUCGACGCCUUCGGCAAGGGCAAGCAGUUGACGGCCAAGGAGUGCGAGUACCUCAUCGGCCACCAGGUGACAGCAGACUACUACAGUGCCAUCAGCACCACGGAGGUGCUCCUCAGGAUGGUGGGCAACCUGCUCAACAUCGGCAAGAGAGGGGAGGGCAAUGAGAAAUCCUACCAGCUGCUGAGAGACUCUCUGGACCUCUACCUCACCAUCAACCCAGACAACGUGCAGUACCUGCUGCUGCAGGCGCGCCUCUACUUCCACCUGGGCAUCUGGCCAGAGAAGGUGCUCGACAUCCUGCAGCACAUCCAGGCCCUGGAUCCCUCCCAGCACGGGGCCGUGGGCUACCUGGUGCAGCACACGCUGGAGCACAUCCAGCACAAGAAACAUCCCGUGGCGCCCGAGGUGAAGCGGCGCAGCGCUCCGGAGCACCUGGAGGUCCAGUAUUCGGUCGGCCUCAUCAUGAAACACAAGAGGUCGGGUUAUAACUGUGUGAUUUACGGCUGGGACCCAAAAUGCACCAUGAGUCAGGAGUGGAUCACCACCAUGAGGGUCCACCAGCUGUCCAGCGGAGCCAACCAGCCGUUCUACAACGUGCUCGUGCAGGACGGGACCUGCCGCUACGCAGCACAGGAAAACCUGGAGCCCCACUCGGCGCCGCUGGAGAUCGGCCACCCGGAGGUGGGCCGCUACUUCUCCGAGUGCGCCGACACCCACUACGUGGCCAACGAGGAGCUGCAGACGCGCUACCCGGAGGACGCGAGCGAGACCCUGGGCACGGUGCAGGCGCUCUAUCACAGACCGACACCGACUGACUCUGGGAACCGAGAGCAGGAACCUCCUCCUCCUCCUCCUGCUGCUGCUGCUGCCUCGGACCAAAACAACCACCACGCCAUGUCCAUGUAGCCAAGUGGCAGCCGUGCCCCACAACAACGACAUCAUCAUCACGCUUUCAGACCCAGGCAAAGCGAUUUACUGGUCACCCCAUUCUCAAUUUACAGUCCAGUUAGUUGCUGCUUUUAUUGCACACACUCAUGGCCAUGACAUACGUAAUCUGUCAGGUUUUUUGUGGUUUUUCUAACCACAGGAAAAUUUAUGUUCACAUUUCCACAAGUCUGGAAAACGCGCGGCAAAGGCUGCUAAUAUUCCUGCUCGGAGACACAGAGCCAAGUGUAUUUGUGGUGAAGACGAAGCUCAAACGACACGAGUGACGUUGUGGUGGCGCAUUUCUCACAACCCCCCCGAAAAACAUUGCAAUCUUUAAAUCCGGUUUGGAAAAAGUAGCAGUGAUAAUCUGCAAGUUGAAGAAAAACAUGAACAUGGGUUUGAAGUAGCCCCCCUAAGUGUACUCAGUAAAUUCAGGAUGGGUAUCCAGGUUCCGUAAGUCUCCGUUUACCUUUAAAAUAAAACAAGGAAUGCGCCUUUACCCAUAGUUCCAUGCAUCCCUGCACCCAGCACCAGUCAAACAUGCCCCCCCCCCCGCAGUCACAGUGCCACAGAAAAGAUUCUAAAAGGGAAAAAAAAGACCUUAUACUUUUAAUUCCUUGUGUUUUAAUCCCGAGUUUCACGCACUUAUGAAAGUCCAACUUUCACAUUUCUAGACUAACCUUUUUUUGUCUUCUCUUUUCUGUAUAUUUACAUAAGUAAUACAUGUAUAUGGGGGGAAAACAAAAAGAGGAACCAAUAAGGAACCCUCACUGACUUGAAACAGAGCUAUGAAGAAAUGACAGAUAAAAGAAGAAGGAGAAGGAGAAAUAAAGCAUUUCAAGUUUUA